UUAGAAACACACACACACAGCUGUUUACAUAUUCACUGCAAUAUUCACUGCAAUGCCAUAGGGCGUACAUACGGAGUAUUUUACACGGUUGCAGAAUGCAUCGAAAUCUGGAAUACAUGUAACACUUUUUACUCUCGAUCUUUGAAUUCUGUCCAGGACUUGUGGGGGGUUUCUGUCGUUAGAUAGGCUACGGAGAUACGAUCACUGCCAAAAAGAUUCCCAGAGACAGCUGUCCUGGAGUGUUGCUGGUGAGGAUCAAGAGAGAGUGAGGCUGUCGUGAAGACUUGGACAGUAUGAGUUUGGUGGAGAUCAGACAUGCGGUUGGGUCCAUGGCCCUGUCCCUAUCCAGCACAGACUCCAAGGAGAAGUAUUUUGACCGGUUGGACGAGAGUGACCCUGAGUACCUCCGCAGCAGGAACAUGUCACCUGAAAUACGGCAGGACUUCAACAUGAUGGAGCAGAAGAAGAGAGUCACUCAGAUCCUACAGAGUCCAGUGUUUAAGGAUGAGCUGGAAGGGCUGAUCCAGGAUCAGAUGACGAAGGGCAAUAAUCCAACAGGGCUGCUGGCUCUUAGGCAGAUAGCUGAUCUGAUCAUGGCCAGUUCUAUGGGAGGGACAGGCUCUUUCACAUCUCCUCUCAGCCUAGGGAUGGUCGCCCCAGUCAAUGACCUCUGUGGGGUAGAGUCUCCAUCCUUUACCAAAGGGGAGAAACAGUGUCGCUGUAAGCUAGCCAGUGUCUACAGACUGGUGGACAUUUUCAGCUGGGCCCAUUUCACCAGCUCAUACAUUACUGUCCGGGUUAGCAAAGAACAAGACCAUGUUCUUAUCAUCCCACAAGGACUCUCUUUCACUGAAGUGACGGCUGGCAAUCUGGUGAAAGUGAACAUGAUUGGUGAUGUUGUCAACCAGGGAUCCACCUACCUGGAGGUGGACCACUUUGGCUUCAGCCCUCACGCUGCUGUCUAUUCCAUGCGCCCUGACGUCAGGUGUAUCAUACACAUCCACACCUCUGCCACUGCUGCUGUGUCCUCGAUGAAAUGUGGCAUACUGCCCAUUUCCCAAGAGGCUCUGGUUCUGGGCGAUGUUGCCUACUUCGGUUACCAAGGCUGUCUGGAUGAUCAAGAAGAGAAGGUGGAGUUCCAGAAAGCCCUAGGGCCCACUGCCAAGGUGCUUGUUCUGAGGAACCAUGGCCUGGUUGCUCUGGGGGAGACUAUAGAGGAAGCUUUCCACUACAUUUACCACUCACAGCAAGCUUGUGAAAUCCAGGUCAAUGCGCUGCGGUGCUCUGCAGGAGUAGAAAACCUGGUGCUCCUGGACAGGGAGAGGCUCAAGCCCCUGACCAACGGAGUGGCUGCUGCUGGGGUCACCGUGGACAGCGAAGUCAAGUGGAAAGUGGGCGAGGCAGAGUUCGAGUCGCUCAUGAGGAUGCUGGACAACCUGGGUUACCGUACAGGCUACGCGUACCACCACCCCAUAGUAAGGGAAAAGAUUCGGACCAAAAACGAUGUGGAGAUUCCUGCUACGGUCUACACUGUCCCGUUGCAGGACAGUGAUCUGGGUCAGAGAAUCCCCUUUAACUUCCUGGUGCAGAAACAGCAGAGGGAGAGGACGCGCUGGCUCAACUCUCCCAACAGCUACCUGAAGGUCAAUGUGCCUGAACGCUCACCCAGCAGAGAGUGCAGCCCCAGAACCAAGACCAUGUGGAUGAAAUCUGAAGAGACCAGCAAUGGCACUGGCACCUCCAUUAAGAUCGAGGACCCCAACCAGUUUGUUCCCCUUAAUACAAAUCCCACUGAUGUUCUGGAGAAGAGGAACCGGAUAAGGCAACAGAACACUGUUGAUCACAUGACUCCAGGACCAAAGUCCCAUCUUCUAGCUGGCAUCGUUGUGGACACCAUACCAGGACCAGCCUUUAUCAUUGAGGAUGAGGAGCAAAUGCACUCUCUUCCUCCUAACCCCUUCAGUGAGCUGACAGAGAAGGUGCUAGAAGAGUAUAAGAGCGUUGUGGAGCGAAGACAGCUGGGCCUGGAUGAUGCUGAUGAUGUCACAGACGCAGAUGAGAUUACAACAUUUGACGAGUCAAACAUCUCACUGUCCCUGUCUCCACUCGUGUCUCCAGCCAAAGAGAUCAUACCCAAUGGGGGAAAUUAUAUGGAAGAACUGGAAGAGAAACUAAACAUCAAAGUAUCCAAGCUCAGCGUCAGCACCACAGAAACGGUUGAAAUAUCCAACACAACCUCAGAGAAAUCAGGGGGAGACAAGACCCCUGACAGCCAAACCAAGUCCCCCAAGAAGAAAAAUAAGUUUCGCACUCCCUCCUUCCUUAAAAUGAAUAAUAAGAAAGAGAAGGCUGAGGCCUAGAGGGAGAGACGCUGGAGAAAGACAGGUCAGCUUGUUUGGUAUGAGAUGAGAUCAUAGGAUGAGAUGCGUCCCUUAGAGAGGAAAUAUAUGAGUCACUAAGAUCUUAAUAGAUCUCCAGCUUUUGGGAAGGAGCAACUGUAACAAUAAGCCUGUUAUUACAAUCUCCUUAUUACUCAAUCACUUCCUCUGAGGGCUCCACACAUGAAUAGUAGGCAUGAUGGGUUGAACAUGUAGUAUAUCAGCUGCAUUGCUCUUAGUAUCUACUAUAGCCAAUUUGCCAUCCUGUAAUCCAAAAAAUGACAAUAUACUGUAUAUUUACAUAGCUACAGAACCUAAUUCUUUAAAAGAUAAAACUCUCAUUGAAAUACCACAUUGCCUGCUAUGUAUUUGUUGUCAGAUACCCUUUUCCAGUCAGCUCAUCAUUGAACAGCAGGCCAUAGAUGAAGGUGAGAUAUAAAUGUAAUGAGGCAGUGUCAAGCGAGUGUUGUAUCCUGGUGCCUGCACAUAUUGGAAUGUAUAUGAGGUCAAGCCUUAAGAAGUGUGGUUGGUUUUUAUCUGGACCUAUUCAUAAUAAUGCUGUCUUAGUUUUAGUUGAUUAAAAGUAGGCUGAAGUAUGGGUUGUAGUAGUGUUUAUGAUUAUUCAGUAUUCUGUUAACAUUUUGAUAUACACUACAGUACAUGUGUCCUUAAUAAUAAUUGUAUUAUACAUCAUACUUUUAACAAUGCAAGACAGAGAAGGCCAUUUUAGCUAGGCAUGUUUUGCAGAAACUUUUAUUUAUGCCAGUGAUAUUAUUUUAGUGAUUGCUGCUUAUUCAUUAUUGUGACAAAAUGAACUGAAAGUGUGAAGAUUUGUAAAAUCUCCAAUCUCUGAGCUCAAUACUGCUGAAUAUGUUUUUACCACAUUCACUGAUAUCUAGGCAUGGAUAUCACGACUGAAAGCUAAAUUACAAAUGUAAGGAUAUGAAAUAGGCCUAUAUCAGACUAUAAAAUGUAAUAUGAAUGUGUUGUGAAUGUGUAAGAUUUGUUGAAACAGUAUUUUUAUAGAUAAUAUGAAAGUUGAUUAGGCCAUACAUAUGUAAUAAAAUGUUUAAUCUUCACAUUUCUAAAAAAUGUAAGAAAGAAAUGCAAGAUUAUGCCCCAAUUUUAUUUUUACUGAAGCUAUCCAGUAAAAAGAUACACAACUUCCUCUCAGGUUAUGGCAAAGCUAUGCCUCUUUUUGCCUCCACAAGAGGCUUAAAUGUCUUGAUUAGGUCGCUAGGUGUUGAACUAAGAUUUCUUAGUAAGGUUCGCUCACUCGUCUCACUUUUCUAAAACAUUUAAUUACAUUUGUAUGGCCUUAUGGCAGAUUAAUAGCAACAUGUUAUAAAAAGCUGUUCUCUGGACCUGAGUUAAACCGAAAGACAAAGUCAAACAUCCAGAGAUGGUAUAAAUCGAGGAUUGGAUUUAUCCCAGUUAGCAAUGUGAAUGAUUUGCUUCGAUCCAAAGGGAGAAACAUGGUUUUCCUUUGUAGAUACUACGUUUUGUGAAGCAGUUUUAAAUGCAAUACUGAAAUUAAGGUUGAUUAAUUUGCAAUGGUUGCUUUAACAUUUAUUUUGUAUGUUUUGAUGCUUGUCAGCUUAUGCUCUGUUGAAGUAUUACAAGCUUAACUGAAUUGAAUAUACCCAGUUUAUCAUGUUCACGGUCCCAGUUUUUAACUUGUAUUACUAAUGCUUAUAUUGUCCUUCAUGGUUUGUUUGAAUUGCUUUUGUAUUGACUGAGCUUUUGCAAUAUAACUUGUGCUCUGUAUAGCAGCUUCAUAGCAUUUCAUUACAUUCCUUAUGAAAUUACAUUUCACCAGAUGUAAUAAAAAACAGUGUGUUUA